AUGGCUCUCCUCAACGAGGCGUUCGCUGUUGGGGCGCCUCAGCCUGCGCUGCCUGUUGUCAGGCCUGCCUCAAAAGCUGGCCGACCUCCGCAGCCUGUGCCGGAACGAGGCGCACAGCCGGCGUUGGCAGCCGUGGCCACGGUUCUGGCAGCAGGGGCUGCGGUGAAGAGGCGGUCGUCUGAGAGACGAGCUUCAGCUGUGCCAAGACGAGCUCAGGCUGCUACCGGCGUGAAGGCUCCAGCUUCGUCUGUCACGGCGUCUCCUUCCCACGGGCAGCGGCGUGCGCUGGUCGUCGGCGGUGGCGUGGCGGGAUUGGCCACAGCAGGGCAGCUUGCGAAGGAGGGCCUCAAGGUGACGCUCUAUGAGAAAAACAGCCAAGUUGGCGGACGCUGUCAAUCGAUGCAGUCGACGAAGGUGGACGGAUACCGAUGGGACACAGGGCCCUCUCUGAUGCUGCUCCCGAAGAAGUACGAGGACGCCUACAAACGACUGGGCACCGACAUGAAGAAGGAGCUCAACCUCAAACGUGUUGAUCCGCCAUACCGAGUCUCCUUCGGUGACGAGACCUAUGUGGAUGUGGAUUACGACCCCAUGAAGAUGACGGAGCAGAUGGAGAAGUUCGAGCCUGGAUGCACGAGCAACUAUUACCGAUUUCUGUCGGUGGCCCGGCGGAUGCUUGACAUGGGCUUAGAGCGCUUCGUCGACCGUCAGUUCGAAUCCUGGCCUGAGCUGGUGGAUCCCAUUGGCCUGCUGCCGGAGAUGAUCGAGAAAGGCUGGUUCUCCAUCCCAUUGAUCAACAUGCUGUUCUCUGUCGAUGACUUGAUGAAGUCAUGGUUCAAGGACGACCGACUGCGAGCAAUCUUUACAUUCCAGACCCUCUACGGCGUGAAGAACACGCUCGCCUCCCUCGCAGAGGGCCACGGCGUGGAGAUAAAGACGGGUGCAGAGGUAGACGAGGUUCUGGUAGAGGGCGGCAAGGCUGUGGGCAUCCGCCUGAAAAGCGGAGAGGAAGAGAAGGCCGACGUCGUCGUGGUAAAUGCCGACACGCCGUGGGCAUACAAGAACCUGCUUCACAAUGUACAGGCACCUGCGGACCCCCAGGAGCCCAGUGUCGAGGCAACUGCGGCAGACUUGGAUGGACGGGAAUACUCCUGCGGCGUGAUCGCGAUGUUCUGGGCUGUGGAUUGCAAGGUGGACUACCUCCGCCACCAUACCAUUUUCCUGGGAACGCCCGAGAACGAGGAGAAGGCAUGGACGCCGAUCACCAGCCCAGAAUCGAUAGCCGACAAGCCGAACUUCUACGUGCAUUGCCCGACGAGGAGUGUCGCAUUGUGUAAACCUCGAGUAGGAAUUCCCCAUUAUUCUAGACAGGCCGUUUUUUGUUUGCAUUUUCUUUGCUUUUUGGGUAGGAUUCCGUAA